UAGUGUGUGUGUUCUACGGUGGGAUAUGGAAACAUGGCGAGCGUUGAAAUAGCAGCGGAACACGAACGCAUCCUACGGGAGAUAGAGAGCACAGACACGAACUGUAUCGGGCCGACACUCCGGUCUGUGUAUGACGGCCAGGAACAGGGGUUGUUUAUGGCCAAGCUGGACGGGAGGAUCCGUAACCAUGACAGAGACAUUGAGAAGAUGUGUAACCACCACUUCCAAGGUUUCGUUGACUCCAUCACUGAACUACUCAAAGUCAGGGGAGAGGCACAGAAACUCAAGAGUCAGGUGACCGAGACCAAUCAACGUCUCCAGGACGACGGGAAAGGGGUUCUGACCUGUAUGGAUGAGUUGAGACUGUGUCGCCUGCAACAGAGAAACAUCGCCACAUCCAUCGACAAGUUCACACACUGUCUACCAGUAUUGGAGAUGUACAACAAACUACAGGAACUAAUAAUUGACCUCCUGUCUGUCUCCUCUGUCU